GUAGGCUGGGCCAUUGCCUAGUGGGAGGCGGUCUAGGCAGCUGCCACUGCACUCACUGCUCACCGCCACUACCAGAGGGAGCCGGGCCUGGUGGAGACAACUAUUUUUUCAGGUGAGAAUCCUGACUGGCCCAUGGGCCUCUGAGGAGGCAUCAUAAGUCUGCCCAGCUCCCCACUUGCUGUGCUCCCACUCAAUGGGAAGGGAACCAAGGCCUUAUCCCACCAUAAGCCACGGCCUCGGCCUCUUGACAACACCAGGAUGGAAGUCAAAGGUCAGCUGAUCACCUCUCCCACUUUCAAUGCCUCAGCUGCCCUGUUUGGGGAGGCCACUCCCCAGGUGAAGUCAGAGCGUCUGAGGGGACUGCUUGACCGGCAGCGGGCUCUACAGGAGGCCCUGAGCCUGAAACUUCAGGAGCUACGCAAAGUGUGCCUCCAAGAGGCGGAGCUGACUGGCCAGCUGCCCCCUGAGUGCCCGCUGGAGCCUGGUGAACGGCCGCAGUUGGUCCGACGGCGGCCCCCUGCAGCCCGAGCCUCCCCCCCACCGCCCCCCAACCCAGCGCAUCAUUCCUUGUGCCCUGCUGAGGAGCUGGCCCUCGAGGCUCUGGAGCUCCGAGCCCGCCUCGGUCUCCCCGUGCUCCCGCUGUCCACAGGGGCAGUCAUCACAGCCCAGGGUGUCUGCCUGGGCACACGCCUCGCUCAGCUCAGCCAAGAGGAUGUAGUUCUCCACUCAGAGAGCAGCUCCCUCUCAGAGUCUGGGGCCAGCCACGAUAAUGAGGAUCCUCGUAGCUGCUUCCCUCUGGCUGAGCGCCCCUCGCCGCCCAAGACCUGGGACCAGCUGCGGGCAGUAUCUGGGGGCAGCCCUGAGCGGCGAGCCCCAUGGAAACCACCCCCGUCAGAUCUUUAUGGUGACCUGAAGAGCCGACGGAACUCCGUGGCCAGCCCCACCAGCCCUACACGCUCGCUGCCCAGGAGUGCCUCCAGUUUUGAGGGGCGAAGUGUGCCUGCCACCCCUGUUCUCACCCGGGGCGCUGGCCCCCAGCUCUGCAAACCUGAAGGCCUCCAUUCACGCCAGUGGUCUGGUAGCCAGGACUCCCAGAUGGGCUUCCCCCGGGUGGACCCGGCCUCGGACCACCGCGCCUCGCUCUUUGCAGCUCGCACCCGCCGUAGCAACAGCUCCGAGGCCCUGCUAGUGGACCGGGCAGCUGGGGGUGGAGCUGGCUCCCCACCUGUGCCUCUGGCUCCCCCUGCCCCUGGUCCCCCAGUCUGCAAGAGCAGCGAGGUGCUGUAUGAGCGCCCCCAACCAGUCCCUGCCUUUUCCUCCCGCACAGCUGGCCCCCCAGAUCCUCCCCGGGCUGCCCGGCCGAGCUCAGCUGCCCCUGCCUCCCGUGGGGCCCCCCGGCUCCCACCUAUGUGCGGGGACUUCCUCUUGGACUAUUCCCUGGACCGGGGCCUGCCCCGAGGUAUUGGUGGGCCAGGCUGGGGGGAGCUGCUGCCUGCAGCUGAGGUCCCAGGACCCUUCUCCCGCCGGGAUGGGCUCCUCGCCAUGUUCCCAGGCCCACCACCCAUGUAUGCAGCUGACGGCAGCAGCCCCCUCCUCCGCAGCAAGGACCCCCACACCCGGGCCACCCGCACCAAGCCCUGUGGCCUGCCCCUGGAUGCCGCAGAGGGUCCAGAGGUGCAUCCAAACCCCCUGCUGUGGAUGCCCCCACCCACCCGUAUCCCUCCAGCUGGUGAGCGCAGUGGCCACAAGAACCUUGCCCUGGAGGGGCUACGGGACUGGUACAUCCGGAACUCGGGACUGGCCUCGGGGCCCCAGCGCCGGCCUGUGCUGUCCCACAUGGGCCCGCAGCACCCACCCUUCCUCCACGCCCGCUGCUAUGAGGUGGGCCAGGCGCUGUAUGGGCCCCCCAGCCAGGCACCCCUCCCGCAUUCGAGGAGUUUCACGGCGCCCCCUGUCUCCGGCAGGUAUGGGGGGUGCUUUUACUGAUGGGUAGGGGGUCUCUUCAGGUAGAGGGCAAAGGUCUCCGGGCUAAAAGGGGGUGAGCGCCAAUGACUUGGACCAUGGGCCCUGCCUGACCUACAUUAGUCCAUGGGGUCUCGGUGGAGGGGUAUCUUGAGCCCUGGGAGCAGCAGUUCCUUGCCAAGAUAUAGAAGAAUUUUAAUAUUUU